AUGCAGCUGUUAUUUUGUAGGCUUCGCACACAUCAGUGGUGCUUUCUGCUCUUCAAUGUGAUUCUUUUCCAUGCCUUGCUCUUUGGGGUUGACUUUAUGGAAGAAUAUCUGCUCCAAUCCUCCCCAACUACUUACACAGAUGUCCAAACUUUGGAUAUCCGAGAGAGAGCCAGAAAACUAGACAUGAGCUCAGUCAAGAGAAACAUCUCCAGGUUCUUUCACAUUGGCAAUAUGGGAGCUUGCGGUGACGGGGAUCUCUUUCUCCUGGCUGUCAUUUCCAGCAAUGCAGAAAACAGAACACGGCGGGAAAUUAUCAGGAGGACUUGGGCUAGUGUGACUAAAGUGCAAGGAUAUCGCUUGAUGACUUUCUUUGCAAUUGGCACCCCUCAAACACCAGCAAUACAAGAGGACAUCAACAAAGAGUUUGCAAACCACAAAGAUAUCAUCCAAGGCACCUUCUUGGAUUCACCCAGCAACAGCAUCCAUAAAACCAUCAUGAUCAUGCGUUGGGUUGUGACAUUUUGUCCAAAGGCUUUAUUUAUUCUGAAAUCUGAUGAGGAGACCUUUGUUAACUACAAAAGUUUGAUGGAAUAUUUGCUUGGUUUGAAGAGGCAUGCAGAAGAUCUCUACAUUGGGAGGGUCUAUCACCAGGUACUGCCAAUCAGAGACCCCCUGAGCAAAUACUACAUGCCUGUCAGUCGGUAUUCAGAGAAAUUCUACCCUGAUUACUGCAGCGCUACUGCCUACGUCAUCUCGCAGGAUGUGGCCAGGAAAAUUUUUGUUGUUUCCCUGGUGAUGGAUACCUCAAUGCCUGAAGAUGUUUAUGUUGGUAUCUGUGCUAAGAAGGCUGGUGUGGUGCCUAUCCACAGCUCUAGGUUCUCUGGGGAGAAGCACAUCAGGUUCAAUCGCUGCUGCUACAACUUCAUCUUCAGUUCUUUUGGGAUGACAGAUGAGGAGCUUGUCCGGGCCUGGGAGGAGAUUACUGACAGCAGGCACUGUGCUAUGUUAGAGACGUACUACGGACUGGUCAAGUGCAAAGCAUUAACCUACCUGGACAAGCUCACAUAA